ACCACCACCAUCCAAUCGUCCUUGCCCUUGUCAAUAUUCAACUUCAUCAAUCCAUUCUUGCUUUGCUUCUCUCCCACAUGGUCAAAGAGUGCCAGGUAGCACGCCUUGACCAGCGUGUCGACGACGUCCCCCAGAGUCCGAGUCAUACGCUUGGGUUCUAAAGUCAUUGUGCCCAACCGUUCAACCCACCCAACCGCCUGGCUGGCCUGGCAAUUUUCCACAUGGCGAAUCCUACAUGUCCUCCAUCCUUGGAGCAACUUCCAAACGAGAUCCUUGUUUCCAUCCUGACCGCCUUCGACACCCGCCAACUUCUACCCUGGGUCGUCGUUUCCAGACAAUUCCACUCCAUCAUCCUUCGUAUCCUCCAUUUCCGUCUUCUUCUCGCCGCCGCCCUCCCUGACUGCAAACUGAUUCUGGAGGCUUAUCACCCCAGUCGGAAUUCUGGCGCCAAUACAUAUCUCUACUGCACCUAUCUGGGCACCGACGGCCUGAGCAGCAAGCAUGAAGGCGAGGGAAGCCUCUAUCAAGAUUGUCUCCGGGAACCCGGCAGGUUCGCAAAAUUGGGUGCACUCUAUAGCCGCUUUCGCCCAGAGGCGCCUUCCAUCGCAACUUCAAUUCCUUUGCGACGCAUCGCCGGCGCCGUCCCAUCCCAAACCGCCUCGGGGGAAAACACGCAACCUCUGUAUGCUGACAGUGGCGACGGCGGUUUCCAUAAAAUCCACCAUGUCUUGAAUCUUGACCCCGAUGAGCUUUUUGUUCAAUUCUGCGUCUACCCGCAGCUCGUCCGAUUUGGCCCUAGGAGAGGUGUUUUCUUGAGCAGUGCUCAUAUUGUUCAACAUGGUCAAGGUGUCAUGCGUGUCUGGAAACAGUGGCUACAAGAUCGAGCGCUUGAGCCUCAUGAUCAAGACCAAAUCGCUGGCUCAGAAUUGCCCGCCAGAAUCUCGACCGCUUCUUCCGGCGUCGCUACCGACAAGGCCGUUCUCUGGACUGAUUAUAAGAAGAAUGUCGGUCUACGCGUCGCCGUACGGACCCACCGCGGCAUGUCUUCCGUCCAAAGUCUCCCUGAUCAUCCGGAUACUCCCAUGAGCUUCAUCGUCGAGAUCAAAGAAUUGGUCGUCCGUACAACUCAUCUCAUGUUAGCGGUCGAGUCCUUUGUUCAAGACCAGGACAAGCGAUCAGGUAAAGCCCUAAUAUUCGGAAACUUUGCUUCUGUCGCUCCAUAUGCCACAUGAUGUUAGUCUGUUCCCAUUCACCCCAGCGGGGAAGGUCUGUCAUCGUCAUUCCUACUGCCCAUCCACACCAACAUGCUUUGCCUCGGAGUUCACCUGAUCAACCUUUAGCUUUGCAUACAACCAGAGGCUGAUGUCUAUGUAGGCCAGUCCUAUCUUACCUGGUCCGUCGAAAGAUGACUCGCACCUUUCUGGUCCGCCUGCUGGCAAUUGAUCAGUUGGAUGGCCUCGCGGCAGAUCCUGCUUGCGCCAGGGUCUGUAAUGACUUAGAUCCACGCAUAACAAGCGCCACGAGGCGUCUCGGAUUCGGCCAGCCCAGUAUACAACAUGCAAUGCAUAGGGGCUAAUCUCAGCAUGUCAGAGUCUUUGGGUCACAUGGCAGCUCUGGGCCUCACUUCGAGCCGCCCAAGGUGCAAGAGACAUCUUGAAGCGCCACUCAUCAGCUCAAGACUUUCUCGUCCAAGGGUUUUGCAGCGCCGGUCCUCAGCUUGUUAUUUCGCAUCAUGUUGAUCAAUCCCAUGCUAAUUCCGCAAAAGUAAUGCAGGUCGGCCUGCAAGCGAUAUCCCGUCAGGUGCCUCACACCCAUUUGGACUAACCACUGGCGAGCCUUUUGGCUGCCAGUGCCAUUCAAACCAAUCAAGGGCUCAGAUGCUAGUCAAUGCCGCUGCGCGACCCGCAUAUCGCAGCUACGUGGCCCCGUCAACAUGCUGGUCACGAUUGCGCUGUGUCUGCACGUCUUGUCAUCAGGACAUGCGUUGACAUGAGGCUCAACUGACUUGGAAUCUUCCCAAGCUUCUCACUUACCCCGCCAUCAGUGCUCCCUCUCAUUCCCCUCAUUGGAACCAUUAUCGUUAUCUCGAUGCGUGCACCGAUCAUGCACACCCACGUCCAAUAUAUAACCACCUCGCAACUUCUUUCCUGCCCUUUGUUGUCAAAGUCAUCCACAGCCCAACCGUCUGGUCGAACCGAAUUUGAACUGUGUCGAACUUCUGAUCAGGCACAUUGUGGAAAUAUGCCGCGGGGCUUUAUUCGUCGUCCACGCGAGAUGCCUUCAGACAGUCUUGAAAGAGAGAUCAAGGAUCGGUUUGGACGUGACGGUCAUGGUGUCGACAGAAGAGUGAGCGCUUCUCUCUCAGCACUACUCGGCCGGUUUCGAUGUCACUAAAUCUUAGACAAGGGUGAUGAGUAUGCCAUCGACAUGAUGCGUCACCAAUCUUCAGUAAGGAUUGCGCAAUGAAGCAUGCCCGACUCGCCGUUAAUCCAGAGAACAGAUGUCGUCUGUAAUGACCGAGCCGGUGUCGCCCGCCAUUCAAGGCAGAUCCGAGGAGAGGCUGCUUGGUAUAUCCCUCAUCUCUGUCGUUCGUUACUGCGCCGUCUCUAACCCGCUAGGAAGACACGCACCGUGGUGCAUCUUUUGAUCGACUGCAUUCGGAUCCAUCUGGCACUGGCCACGGCCGCUCCAAUUCCAACAGAGACUUCAUUCGGCGGGAAGACGCGAGGGCCAGUAAUCGACUCCCAGACCGGGCAGCGCAGUCUUCCAUUCCUCCGAUGCAUAUAAAUCCAUUGAGACGCUUUGACUCGAUGGGUAGUGACUCCGGGACGGAGGCAGCUUUGGGGAGCUCACCGCCUCAGAAUGAGCCAAGCCGCGAGCAACGUAUCAAAUCCCACUGGCCGCGCGAUCCAAAUGAAACAGGCCUCAAGAGUCGCACGAUGUCCGUCUCUAGCACAACCAGUGACUAUGGAACCUCGGGAUGUUAUGGUUGGAGUAAUGACCCCUCCUCGCACCCACAGAGGCCAAGCCAAACACCCGAACGUUAUGCACAUCUCAGAUGAAAUGAGUCUUGUUGCAGCACGGUGAACAUUUCGCAGUCAAUUCGACAGUCGUUGCCGGCAGCACGGGUAUCAAGACAUUCCGGCAUUGCUCUGUGGAAGUUGGGUUCGCGUCCAUUCCCAAAUCUGAUAUGCUUCUUGAUGUCGAUUCUGCUGCUCCAAGACGUCACUCAACAGUCGGAAAGACUGGACGGACUUGGGAUUAUUGGAACCCAAGAUGUGAUGGCGGUUGACGACAACAUGUCGCAACAAGUUCUCAGCCUGGUGAAGAUAAUUACUUUUAUUAUGCUCAUCUGUCAAUUUCGCCAGUUGCAUGAGCAUGAAGGCUUGCCGAUGAUCUAGCUCCCAAACGUAGGGGUGAUUUUCCGGAAAGUUGCUCCUGAUCCGGGGGCGUACUUCGGACACGAGAAUUCGCCUUGCUUCUCGAAUGUCUCCCAGCUUCAUGGUAGCACGAGCCAAAGAAGCAAGGGCCAUGAUGGUGUGCAUGUGAGAGGCACCAAAAUGACUUUGACAUUCUGCGAAGAUGCCUUGCAACUCCUUGCGCGCGACUUCAUAUUGCUUCAUCUCGAGUUGUGCCCAUGCCACAUUGAAUUCGGCUACCAAGGCGGGCCCUCGGCUGCGGGGAUAACGAGACAAGAUCUCUUGGUGGACACUUUUGAGAUGCUUGAUGUCAUAUGCGGGUGGUUUUCCAGAUCCACGUAGCUGCAGGAUCGUUUCUGCAAACCCCAAUGUCCUAGAUAAAGGAUUUGACGACCCCAGUGCUUGUGUGGAGACUUGGUUACACUCCGCCAGCAGUUUGGCCAGGCGUCGAGACUGGCCAACGCUUUCGAGUAUGGCAAUCGCAAUGCUCGUUGCAGAGAUACAAUCUUCCCCGGGUUGGGGGCAAUCUCUUAGCAUGCAUGCAAAGUACCAUAAGGCCGUAUGGAAGUGAUAGUUGGCAUGUUCGUCGUAUUUGCGGUUGUUUUGACUGUCGCAGAUACACCAGCGCAAAGAGUUGGCCACGAAAGUCGAGGAAAACUGGGUGGCGUCGUUGACCUGAGGACAUCUACUAAAGUCGCCCCACACGUGCUCGUCGAAACCAUAGCCAUGAUGCUCGUUGAGUUCCGACAGACUGACUGGGUCAGCCAGGGCGAUGGGGUGGCACGAGAGUGCCAUAUUGAUACGAUCCAGGGCACCGGUUGAGGGCGGUGUUGUUGAUGGACCGUCCAAAGCUGAUGGUCGGAAGGGGGCUAUGAGCGAUUCCAAACUUCCAAGGUGGGUGUGAGACGCGCUGAACCGAUGCUCCGAAGGCAGAUGAUACCCCUGGGUCGAGCGCACAAUUUGAUUCGUUGGAGCGCCUUUGGUCAGGUUGACAUGCGAAGGUCCCGGACAUACUGCGGGCGAGACAGUUGAGGUUGAAGGAGAAGGCUGAUGCGGAACGAUGGGCGUGGCACUUGCAAGUCUGAUAUAAGUUGGAGCAGUUUCAUUGGGGUUGAUUUUGGCUAACAAAUCGGCCUCGGACUUGAUGUGACUAGACCUUUGGAUAUAUUUCCGGAUAGAAGACCUGGUCACUUUUUGACCAGAAAAGAUGACGGUUUGGGACAAGCCCCGAGAGGUGGCUUCAUUGAGCAAUUUCAAGCAGUGGGCAGCGUCACUGGGAUUCAAAUUGUGCUUGAAUUUCCACUGGCGAAGCAUAGUUUUCCAUUGCUUCUCCCUGAGCAGGGGAUGAGCGCGUCUCUGGCCAAGCAGGAGUAACUUACGUUUGAUCGAGACCGUACUUGAGCUUCAUCAUCUCCCUGAGUUCGUUAAGGCGAAUCCUCUCAUUGACAUAUAGCCGGUGAAUCUCAUCUUUGUAAGGCUCAAAGAUGUCAUCUCUACAUUCGACUCGGUCCGACCUAGCCAAAACCAGGACGGAGUCCCAUGCCAUGCUAGACAUGAUGUGUGAUCCGAGGUCGGUGGAAAAGGCGGCGCGAUAUGGGGCUGAGGGAGAG